CUGCUAGGGAAAAGAGAGGGGGCUAAAAGGAGGGGAGGGGAGAGAAAAAUAAAGCUACAGGGGAUACAGAGGCAUGUGCCUGGUGUACAAUAUAUACCUGUAUAAAAAUGUCUUUGUGAAACCCAGUUUCAUAUGCAAUGAAUAUAUGCCCACACAAAAAUAUUAUUUCAAAGUACAAGGAAAAUAUCUCUCAGUCUCUGCGAGAGAUUUCCCAGGCCAUGUUACAUGUUACAUGUUACAGCAAUGAAAUAGAAAUCCUGGAUUCAUUCUAGAACUUUCCUGACAAACUUGGUUUUGUCAGGAAAAAAGAGGGUUGUCCAAAAAUGAACUAAAAUGUAUUUCAUUGCAUCUCAAAGGGACAGAUUUCUCCCUCAGUAGGUUAGAAAAUGUAACGUUGAAAUGUGUAAGUCAACAGAGCCUGGAGAAACUAUCUGUAAACAUAUAAAAGUAUAUCAUGAGAUCCAUAAAUGUGAUGGAAUCUUGUGAAAAGGAAUAUAAAAGCAUGAAAUAGAGAAAACAAGAGAAAAGACUCUCAGGGGAAAUGCAGUAGAUUUCUGUGGAGACGACUGAGUACUUCAAAAUAGUAUAAGUAAACCAUUGAGCUGACAACUGCCAGCUCACUUCUGCUGCAGUUAGAAAAUACUUGAGACUUGGGCAUCUAUCUUUAAAAUGAAUGUUUAUUUAUCUGACUGUUGGAAGGUAGGAAGUCCAAUAACAUGACAAUCUCAUCUUCUUGGGGCUCUCUUCUUCGGGGCCAACACAUGUCAGGAGGACGUCACAUGACAAAAGCGAAGCAAGUGUGUCAGAGACAGCUAUUUUUACAACAAAGCCACUUAUAUGAUGAUCCAGUAACCAUCCAUUGAGUCACCAAUGGAGGCAAAGCCCUCCUGCCACAAUCAUUUCCUUAAGAGCCUGCCUCCUGAUACCGUUAGACAGUGGAUUGGGAGAUUGGGGUUCUAACACAUUCAAUUUAAGAGGCAGAUUUAACCCACACAUUCCAGUUUGGUGACAUACAAGAAAUAAAGAGAUUUGCCUAUUUGAGUUACCCAACUCCAGGAUUAAGUUCUAAAACAGAGUGUUUAGGUCCAGUGAGAUGGCUAAGGGGGAAAGUUGCUUGCUGCCAAGGCUGACAACCUGAGUUCCAUCCCUGACAUCUACAUGAUGGACAGAGAAAACCAACUCCAGUCUGUUGUUCUCUGACCUUCACAUGAGUGCACACGCAUUUAUAGAUACAUCUAAACACACAAAUGCAUAAGUGUAAUAAAAUAUAAAUAAUAAGUGUUUAAAGACUGUCACUCUCAUCAAGAGUUACUGGUGAUCAAUUACUUUAUUAAUAAAUAGCAUUAAACUGGUUGAAGUUAAGAAUUUGUCUUAUAGAGUUACAUAUUUAGAAAAAUUUGUUUCAUAAAAAUAAAUAUGACUUACGCAAGAUUCACCAUAAUAGAAGCCCAAAUCCUACAUUGGUGCCUUUAAUAAGUUAUCAGACUACGGUGUGUUAACUGAAAAUAGAAUGCUUUAGGAAGAAGAUCAAUGUGUUAAAAUAUCUCUGCAGAUGCCACUCCUCUUUUGUGUAGAUUACCUUUGAAACGUUUUACCGAAUUGAUAAAAUACACAGAAAUUAAAACACUAAAUAAAGAAGUUACUUCAAUAAACUUGCAAAAAUGUAAAGAUCAUAGCCCAUUGAAUCAUAAGAUUGAAACCCCACUCACUUAUUGGGAUAUGACGGUCGGGCCUGAGUUUGUAAGUGCCACACGGAGAAGACAUUGAUGGCAUUUUUUUCCAAAACUGGUAAAAGGAAAAAUGCACGCCUUGUGAAAUGGGAAGGAUGCUUUAUAAUGAUGAAAACAUUCAUGAAAUGAUAAUAAACAAAGUAAAAUAUCUAAACCAAAGGGGCAAAUGGUUGUUAAUUAAAAGUCAAACCAAAAAGGUUUGAUAGCUACAUGAUACGCAGUUUUACAAGACAACCAUUAGGUGACGCUGUUGACCAAAGGGAAGAGCAGGGUUCUCUGUUCCGUAGGGUCCAACGAGGGCUUGCUUGCUUUUUCCGGCACCUAGGAAAACAUCCGUCCGGUUCCUGUGCCCUCUUCAAGCGCCUGACAAAUCCUGCCCUAAUCACAAACAUCCAGGACUCUAGUUGUCUUUUUUAAAUCCCGGAGAAACCUCAAAAAGAAGUCUCUGGCGAGCUCAGAACGGCAGAGCAACCCCAGCGGCUUUGGAACGAUGGCAAAUCAGGUAAUGCUUCACUUCCUGGUGCCUUUGUUUUGCGGCGCCUUCUCCCAGCCCAUCCACUACUCCAUUCCGGAGGAGUUAGCCAAGGGCUCUCUGGUGGGAAAUCUCGCCAAGGAUCUGGGACUCAGUAUCCAAGGAUUGCCAGGUCGAAAGCUGAGAGUGAGUGCAGAGGAUUAUUUCAGUGUUAGUGCAGAGAGUGGUGAUUUGUUAGUGAGCGGCAGGAUAGACAGAGAAAAGAUUUGUGAGAGAAAAUCUGAGUGUGCACUGGAAUUUGAAUCUGUUAUUGAAAACCCGAUGAACAUUUUCCACAUAACUGUUGCUAUUCAAGACAUCAACGAUAAUGCACCACAUUUCUUUGGGAAAAGCAUUGAACUGGAGAUCUGUGAGUCAGCCUUAGCAGGGGCAAAAUUCCCUCUGGACUCUGCACGAGAUGCUGAUGUGGGAAGCAACUCACUGAAGAUGUACACUAUCAGCCCUAACCCACACUUCUCCUUGUCAACGAAGGAAAGUCCCGAUGGAAGUAAAUACCCAGAAUUGCUGCUGGAAAAACCUCUAGACAGGGAGCACCAGAGCUCCCAUCACUUAAUACUGACCGCCAUGGAUGGUGGGGACCCACCCCUAAGCAGCACCACCCAGAUCUGGAUCAAAGUCACCGAUGCCAACGAUAAUGCUCCAGUGUUCAGCCAGGACACUUACAAAGUUAGCCUUCGUGAAAACGUGCCGCCGGGAACCUUAGUGCUGCAGGUGACAGCCACGGAUGAGGAUGAGAGUAUCCACGGAGAGAUCACCUAUGCCUUCCUCAAUGUCCCAGCAAGUACGAACCACAUCUUCAGCCUCAAUCCGAACACUGGAGCUAUCACAACUAACGGUACAUUGGAUUUUGAAGAAAAGAGUAGAUACACAUUGGGUGUAGAAGCCAAGGACGGAGGGGUGCACGCGGCUCACUGUAAUGUUCAGAUCGAGAUUCUUGAUGAGAAUGACAAUGCCCCAGAGGUGACAUUUAUGUCCUUUUCUAACCAAGUUCCAGAGGAUUCAGUCCUUGGAACAGUAAUAGCCCUCAUUAAAGUUCGAGACAAAGAUUCUGGACAAAAUGGUCUGGUGGCAUGCCAUAUUCAGGAAGAACUUCCCUUCAAAUUGCAACCCACCUCCAAGAAUUACUACAAGCUGGUGAUUGACAAGGCCCUAAACCGGGAACAGACCCCAGAGUACAAUGUCACUAUCACAGCUACUGACAGUGGCAAGCCAUCGCUUUCCUCCAAGACAUGUGUUACUGUGCACAUCACAGAUAUCAAUGACAAUGCACCGGUUUUCCACCAGGCCUCCUACUUGAUCCACGUGGCUGAGAACAACCCACCUGGAGCUUCCAUUGCUCAAGUCAGCGCCUCCGACCCGGAUUUGGGAUCCAAUGGUCUCAUCUCCUACUCCAUCAUAGCCAGCGACCUAGAGCCGAGGGCACUAUCGUCCUUCGUGUCUGUGAACCAGGACAGUGGGGUGGUGUAUGCGCAGCGCGCCUUUGACCACGAGCAGCUGCGCUCCUUCCAGCUGACACUGCAGGCGCGAGACCAGGGAUCGCCCGCACUCACUGCCAACGUGAGCAUGCGCGUGCUGGUGGGCGACCGCAAUGACAACGCGCCACGCGUGCUGUAUCCCACGCUGGAGCCCGACGGCUCUGCGCUCUUCGACAUGGUGCCACGCGCUGCCGAACCCGGAUACCUGGUCACCAAGGUGGUGGCUGUGGACGCAGACUCAGGACACAAUGCCUGGCUGUCUUACCACGUGUUGCAGGCCAGCGACCCCGGGCUCUUCAGCCUAGGGCUGCGCACAGGCGAGGUGCGCACAGCGCGUGCCCUGGGAGACAGGGACUCAGCGCGGCAGCGCCUUCUGGUCGUUGUGCGUGAUGGUGGACAGCCGCCCCUCUCGGCUACAGCCACGCUGCACCUGAUCUUCGCUGACAGCCUGCAGGAGGUCCUGCCAGACCUCAGCGAUGACCCUCUACCAUCUGACCCCCAGAGUGAGCUUCAGUUUUACCUGGUGGUGGCCUUGGCCCUGAUAUCAGUACUCUUCCUCCUGGCGGUGAUUCUGGCUAUUGCCCUGCGUCUGAGACACUCCUCCAGAUCAGUUUCCUGGGGCUGCUUUCAAUCUGGUCUCAGCUCGAAGUCUCAACCUGUGGUUCCUCCCAACUACAGCGAGGGGACAUUGCCCUAUUCUUAUAAUCUAUGCGUUGCUUCACAUUCUACGACUAUGGCAGGGUUUAAUUUUCACCACGUGGCACCAGAGCUUGCUCCCCCUCAGGACCUCCUGUGUGAUGAUCCUUCUGUGGUUGUAUGUGGCAAUAAUGAAGAGCCCCAAAUCUUGGACGACUCUUCUUUUCAGGUAAGUUUCUACAGAGCAACUUAAAUACUAUUUGCUGUAUUAGCUUCUCGAUCGUGCACAAAUUUGGCAAUUUGGGUCAUUUUUUCAUAGUUUGAAGGAUAUUUAGUGGAGAAUUGCUGUGGAUGCGUAAAGAUUAGCUCCUGGUUGCUCAGUCAUCUUGGAAAUUCCUGAUUACCAGUUUCAGUCUUUACUGUUGGUGUUUCUGUGUGUCUAGCAAAUCUUGCCAGAGACUAUUUCCUGUAAAUCAACACUCAAUAAUAUUAGUGUCCUUUCUUAUUUCAUUCGUGAAACUGCAUUUUAAAAUGAUCUUUAACACUUUAUAGGCAUAUUGAUUUAUUUAUGCCUAAAUUAAAAUUUAUGGUCAAUUACCUUUCUUACUUGAACAAA